AUGCCGACCAACCUCAUCUCGCGCAACGAUGUGCGCAUGCGCAUGCGCAUCGUCGACCACCUCGGCUACACGGGCGCGCGAUCGAGGCAGGUCGCGGCGUGGGCAACCAAGCUUGGCUUUGAUGUCACCUACGACACGCCGCAAGGGCAGAAAUCGCACGAGUGCGGCGCAAUCGCCGCGCUCACCGUGCACACGUUCCGCGCACUGAACCGCGACUUCGACGCGCUCCUACACGCCGACGUCACCGCUCACCUCGACACGACUGCGCUCGACGCGGCGUACGCGGCUGUGAAGGAGAUUACGGCCGCGCAAGACGAUGAGCACCAAAUCGAGUGGCCGCAGCCCUUAGUUGGAGUUGGUGAUCAGUACCCGGAUCUCAAAGACGGCCACAUCGACUACUUGCUCGAGCGUUUGGACCCGAAUGACCGGCGUUCUUACGUCAAGCCGUAUGACCAUGGUCUCCGCGAGAUCGCGUUCUACUACGCGCGUGCGAGGUUCUACUACGCUCAUGCGAGGUUCGGCGACCUCGGGCCCACGGCCGAGAUCUUCAUCAGCAACGACACUGGCCCCUGCAAGAGAAAGUACAUCGAUGAUCUCGACUCCGACGACGACUUCGACCAAGACGCGUGGAAGAAGAAGUGCGAGGUAUUGGAAGAGAGGUGCACCGCGGCCGAAAUCAGGUUCAACGAUUUCAACCGCAACAAAUGGAUGGAAUGGAAAAAAUUGUACGAUGCAACCGAAUUUUCUACUCGAGACGUCCGCUAUGGAUCUGAAGUGCUGUCUUCUACGGCUGCUGGUGCCAGGUGUAAAGUAGCUGGUGUUUCUGACAUGCUUCUUCUGCCUCCAGGACACCAAGCAGCUUCGCUUUGCGUGCGACCUGAACGUGUCAGACGGCAUGACAAGAUUGUUGUCGGGCAGUGGGUGAGAGAGCGAGUCUCUGCUUUUGAUUCUAACUCAGGUCAGAGAUGGUCCCAUGUCAACUAUGGUGCUCUCGCAGACAAAGCCACUAUUCUAUGCUAUAUCUGUGCAGUGCAUGAGCACAUCUCAUAUUUGUAUACACCUGAUGAUGGUGAGGCUUUGAAGAUAACAAAUGAAAAUGUGAGGAGGAGAAGAGUCAGCUCCAUUUGUGAAGUGAAGGUGUCGAAGUCUGAGCGACGGCUGAGCACCGAGACGAAGAACUCUGUACCAAGGCAGCCACCGCCUGCAUCACUCGCUGAAGUGCCAUGGUUGAAUCCUUUGGCCAGGGACAAAGGCAAUGUGCUCCAGUGCAUCCAGAGUAUUCUAAGGAGCCGUGGCAAGCGAGAAAAGCCCACGGAUUCACGCGACAUACACAUGUCCUUCUCAUCUUUUGAAGGUAUUACCCGCAGUGAGUAUGUGGGUACGCUGAGUGCCAUUCGCGUCUGCUACCCGCUUCGGGAGAGCUUUGAUGCCGAGUACAUGCAUGUGUAUGGAUCCUGUCCCGUGGAGCACAUGCAAAUCUGCAGUUGGCGCACAAAGGACGAGCUGGAAAGGCUCGGCAACUGGUUUGGUCAACCGAAUUUCAACAUGCACAGACGUGGGAACCGUCCAAAGCUAUGUGUUCCAAUGCCAGUGAUGUUUGAUGAGAUGAAUGUGGUGCAUCCAAAGUACUCCAGAACUCGAAUUGUUACGGUGGCAUACCAGCGAGUUGGACCGGUUGCACAAGGUACUGCACAUCACUUUCUACCCGGAGGUGACUGCGCCCCACCAGCUAUGCCAGUCCCAACUCAGCCAUCUGAGCCUGUGCAAUGCGGAGAAGAAGAGUACACUGAUGCUGUUCUCCAGGGCGAGCAAAUUGAGAUUGACUCUGGCACGUACAAGAUCAUCGAGGUCGGCCCCACCUGCAAAGUGACUCUCGUCGCUGGCAGCGGCACGCAGUCUAUCCUCAUCCCGCGCGCAGACGCCGUGAGGCGCCUCGCCUUGUUCCUCGGCCUAGCCCCUCCCCAGUAA